AAAUAACAACAAACCGUGAUCGUGAAAUCGCCGCAACACACUGCAAAUCGUGUAAAACUGUAUAAAAAUCGUGUAGGAAAAUGUUGAGUGGCACCGGUAAUGCUAGGAUGUUGGUGCGACUCGCGGGAUCAGCAAUCCGCCAGAAGGCGGUUUGCAAUUGCGUUGCAGCGUACGGUACGGCUGUGUUCCGGAACCUCCGAUGCUCCGAUGGCGUCGAACCGGGACGAGCGCUGCUUCGUAAUCCUGCCGCACCGAUGGUGCCACUCUGCAAACGGACGAUGUUCAUACAAACACAGGACACACCGAACCCGCACAGCUUGAAGUUCCUACCCGGCGUUACCGUGCUGGAUGCUGGCCAAACGAUGGACUUUCCCAACGUUUCUUCCGCCCAGUGCAGCCCGUUGGCGAAGCUGUUGUUCCGCAUCGAGGGUGUACGGUCCGUGUUUUUCGGAGCCGAUUUUGUCACGAUCUCGAAGGUGGAGGAAGCCGAGUGGGCCAUCAUCAAGCCGGAAACGUUCGCCGUAAUAAUGGACUUUUUCGCCAGCGGGCUACCGGUGGUGACGGGGGCGAACCCAAACAACAGCACCCAGAUCAACGAGGAUGACGAUGAGACGGUGCAGAUGAUCAAGGAGCUACUGGAUACCCGCAUUCGGCCGACCGUGCAGGAGGAUGGCGGUGAUAUCAUCUUUAUGGGGUUCGACGAUGGCGUGGUGAAGCUGAAGAUGCAGGGUUCCUGUUCCUCCUGCCCGAGCUCGAUCGUGACGCUGAAGAACGGGGUACAGAAUAUGCUUCAGUUCUAUAUCCCCGAGGUGGUGUCGGUCGAGCAGGUGACGGAUGAGGUCGACAAGAUAGCGGAAACGGAAUUCUCAAAGCUGGAGAAACAGAUACGACAGAAGGAUGAGCAAACGAACGAAAAAUCUUAAAUCAUUUGUUAUGUAAGAUGCUUGGUCUUACGUUUUAGCGUAUUGUGUUACCGCGCCGCACUCUCCGUGUUAGUAGGAAAUAAUAAACGACAGUUGUAAAAUA